AUGAAGUUCUCCAGUUUCCUCUCCUACCUCGCUCUCGGCGUCUCUGCCGCUACUGCAGCUCCCGCUGUCCAAAUCGACAUCGACCGCCGGGCCAAUCUUCCCGGCCUCAACGCAGUACAGACCAAAUACGCCAACGCCAUCAUCGCAAAAGCCAAAGCAGAAGGUGUCGGCGCACAUGGCUGCCAGGCGGCUAUCGCGACUGCCAUGGUCGAGUCUAGCAUCAUCAUGUACGCCAACAAUGGAGUCCCCGAAUCUCUCAAAUACCCCCACGAUCGCGUUGGUUCCGACCAUGAUCGCAUAGGUCUCUUCCAACAGCCCGCUUCCAUCUACAAGAACAUCAAAUGUGACAUGGACGCCGCCUGCUCUGCCGGUCAGUUCUAUACGGAAAUGAAGAAAAUCUCAGGCUGGAAAAACAUGGCGAUUGGCACGCUUGCUCAGAAGGUUCAGCGUUCUGCUUACCCAGACCGCUAUGCUAAGCAGGUCGGUUUGGCAACUAAUGUCUGCAAGGCUGGUGGUUUGUGA